AUGAGGACUUCAAAUGUUAUUGGGUUUGUUGUGAAGAGCAUUCCGGCUGAGGUUAAGAGUGAUAGUAACAACGGCAAAGAGGAAAACAAAGUUACUUUUAUUCUUGAAGACCUGCAGCACCAUCAGAUUUUUGUUACACUAUGGGAUGGUUAUGCUGAUCAAAUUCGAGCAUUUGAAACUAACCAUCCAGCGGAAAAGAAUAUUGUUGUCGUUAUUCAGUUUGGGAAGUACCGUUUUUGGGGAGGACAUGUCAAUGUAUCCAAUUUGUAUACUGUAACUCGAGUAUUCAUCAACAGUGACAUUCCGAAGAUUGUUGAUUUUAAGAAAAGUUUUGUUGCUCAGAUUUCUGCUUCAACAUCUUCUGGUUAUUCUGGGUUGACUUCCUCUCUUAUAAAGUCACCCGUUGACGAAUAUCUCAAAGAUUUUGCAUUCAGUACAAUUGGAGCUUUAAGCGGUAUCUCAGAGAAAAAGGCUGUUAUUAUCCUUGGUACAAUCAAGAGCUUUGCAUCAGAAAGCACAUGGUUUUACAAUGCCUGUAAAUCGUGCACCAAAAAGGUUUUUACAACAACUAUUUGCAAGGACAAGGAGGAUGGAAGCGAAGGUUUUGAUGAAGUAACAGUGUUGGAAUGCCAAACUGAUCGUUGCAAUCAAAAGACCGUCAUCUCAGUUCCCAGGAUCAAAGUUCCAAUACGUGUUCAAGAUUGUACCGGGAUUGUCACCUUGACGCUGUUUGAACGUGAAGUUGUGAAACUACUCAGUGUUUCCGCAAAUCAUCUAUUAGAAAACAACAUAGAGUUGGCUAGCGAAGGGAAGUUUCCUAAAGAGUUUGAUUCUUUGCUAAAUCGCAAGUUUGCUUUCAAGAUAGCCAUAGGUUCUUAUAACCUCAGAAACAAAGCAGAUGGCUACUCUGUUUCAAAGUUGACUGAGAAUCCAGAAAUAAUGGCUGAGCUUGAUCACCAUUUUAAUGCUAUCCAGCCUGUUGACGAGGAACAGUUAAACGUUGUUUCCGCUGAUUCAAAUCCAACUGUCAAGGUUCCUGUUAAGGAUUCGGUCUCCCGUACUGGUGAGGAGGAGACUCCGAUUUCUAAGUGA